UUAUAUCAGGUGUCCCCAUCAAUGUGCCCCCUUACAUCAGGGUCUCCAUCAGAGUGUUCCCUUACAUUAGGGUCCACAUCAGAGUGUUCCCUUAUAUCAGGGUCCCCAUCAAAGUGCCUCCUUACAUCAGGGUCCCCAUCAGAGUGUUCCCUUACAUCAGGGUCCCCAUCACAGUGCCCCCUUACAUCAAGAUCCCCAAUCAGAGUUCCCCCUUACAUCAGGGUGCCCAUUAGAGUGUUCCUUUACAUCAAGAUCCCCAUCAGAGUGUUCCCUUACAUCAGGGUCCCCAUCAAAGUGCCCCCUUACAUCAGGGUCCCCAUCAACGUGCCCCUUACAUCAGGGUCCCCAUCAGAGUGAUCCUUUACAUCAAGAUCCCCAUCAGAGUGCCCCCUUACAUCAGGGUUCCCAUCAGCGUAUUCCCUUACAUCAGGGUCCCCAUCAGAGUGCCCCCUUACAUCAAAAUCCCCCAUCAGAGUGCCCCCUUACAUCAGGGUCCCCAUCAGAGUGCCCCCUUACAUUAAAAUCCCCAUCAGAGUGCCCCCUUACAUCAUG